AUGGUCAGUUUGGAGACGGGCGAUGAUUUGGAUAGUUUCCAAAGACGAAGCAUGGGCUUGAUGAAGUUUCCUAGACACAUGAGCUACGAAACUUAUCAGCAGUUGAGUGAUAUCCUCGAGGAUGUCGACAACUCGGCGAUCCUAACUGGGGGUGCGCACGCGGGACCGUUCCGCUGCUUCAGACUUGUGGGAGCCAAGAUGGAGGCUCUGGAUGUGUCGAGAGACAAGCGGCUGCCUCUUGACGAAGAAACCCAGAGCCCAGAGCCUCCCACGCACGCGAAGAAAGCGGCGCAUACUUUCAACGAAGGGGAGAUAUUCAUAAAGAUGAGCAACGAGCAUGUCCAUUACAAGCUUACCCAUUUUGCCAAGCUUUCGAUCCACGCCAUAAAAGGCCCCGAUUACCACUUGACGGAGCAGAACAUGAUGCACAUCCUUUACCCGAAAUUUUUCUUGAACAUUGACUCGGACGACGACUGGCUCGCGAAUGCGAAAUUGGUCAACAACAAGUUGUAUUCAAAGUGCGGCGACUCGCUUGUGUUGCACGACUUGAUGCGCGAGCUAUUGAGCAACUUCAGCCUGCACUUGAUCUCCAUUACCAGAUUGGGGCUCGAGCACGACUACAUUGAGGUGCUAUUGAUACCGUUUGUCAAGCUGAUUGUGGCGAAGUUUGUGUGCUGGGACUUUGCUAGCUGGGACGUGGUUGGUUUGCAAGACUCCACCGAGUUGGAUGAAGAAGAGCUCAUUUGCAGCAUUAAAUUGUGCAUCAUGUACCUCACACUAGGCUUGAGCGCGUUUCAUCUUUCGCGCGAGCUGGAGCUGGUCGCGGUCUCGGUCUCGCCGCGAGCAGCUGUCUCCUACGACGAGUAUUUGAGAAUCAGCAUGGAGCUCCGUAAAUUGAGCAUCAAGCUACUUACAUACCACCUUGACGAGUCCGAUGUGAUUUACGAAAACCAGAAACUGCGCAAGCGAAAUGGGUAUUAUGAUCUGUAUUUGCUUCUUGCGCUCAUCCUCCAGAUUGAAUUAGAUAGCAUGUUUAGCGUUUUUGAGAACUUUGAUUUGAUUUACGCUAUCGGCGAUUUUGUCAUCAAGACAAAACUCAAGGCCCAUGAAAGAAAAGAGGUGAUCAACAAGUUGUUCAUCAACAUCUUCAAGCUCAAGUAUUUCAUGUAUGAAAGCACGCAAGCCGUGAACAAGGACAACUACCAGAUUGACGCGAUGAAGGCCGAAAUCGACUAUGCAGACUUGAAGGACGACUAUGAUUUAGUUGACCUGCAGAGUGACGAAGAAGAGGAGGAGGAAGAUGAUGGCGACAACGGUGAUGAUGAUGACACCAAUUUGUAUACCAACGCCGCGGGUAAAGUCAUUUCGCCUAUUCGACCGACAAUCUCCAACAUGGUCUCCGCCAACACUAUGAAUUCAGCAAAGUACGUGCCGACGGCGUACACCAUCAGUUUUGACCGCAACAAGGACUAUGGCGCAGCCUACGAAGUGACAGCAGAAUCCGCGUUGGCGCCCAGCAGCAACUACAAGUUCACGCCGCACUUGGACACAGAAUUCACCACUGCGUUCGACGCGGACUUGAUCUACUUGAUGUAUGGAAUCCCCCGCGAUUUGCUCCACAUAUACCACGAGUCCAUCCAUUUGGCGAACCACAAAAGCAUAUUCAACAUCCAGAAGGUGUUUCCCAGAAACUUCCCGCGGAUCGUGGCGGACCUCGAGGACAGGCUCCUCACCUGGGACCACAGCAAGCUGAACUGGCAUUUGGACCCAAAGAACCCCUUUCACGAUAUUUUGAUCAAGUACGUCAAGUCGUUCCACCAAGCUGUGAUUCUCUAUCACCGCAAGUUGAUGAAUAAAAACUUUCGAGCCGAAGAGUACCAAUACUUGGUCGACAGCUCCCUCGACUGCCUAGUCGGCGCCAUAGAACUGGCCAAGGCACUCAAGCUCAAGUUCAAACCAAUGUUCUGGAACCUAUUCAUUUGCGGAUCUCUUGCACUCGGUGCGCCUCGACAAGCCCGCGUGCAACAGAUCUGGAGCGGCCACGGUUUCCGCGGACAAGCCAACUACUGGAGAGCCAAGCAGAUACUCUUUGAAAUCUGGAACAGGCGAGACAAUGGCGAAGAAGAGGACAACGUAGGGUUUAUGAACUUAAUCCGAGAGUGGGACAUUCAUCUAAGUCUAGGAUGA